CUCCCCGUGUCCCAGUAAAGCGAUUUCAGCGCAUGCAGGAACUCGUCCCUACGGCCACGGAUGGCAACAUGGCGACAGAGUUCCACAACCUGCAGGAGUUGAGGCACAGUGCAUCUCUGGCAAACAAAGUCUUCAUCCAGAGAGACUACAGCGAAGGAACCACCUGCAAGUUUCAGACCAAGUUCCCCUCUGAGCUGGAGAGCAGGAUUGAGCGGUCAUUGUUUGAGGACACUGUGAAGACGCUGAAUAACUACUACGCAGAGGCAGAAAAGAUUGGAGGACAGUCCUACCUGGAGGGGUGUCUGGCCUGCGCUACAGCAUAUCUCAUCUUCCUCUGCAUGGAGACACGUUAUGAGAAGGUGUUGAAGAAGAUAGCCAAGUACAUUCAGGAACAGAAUGAGAAGAUUUAUGCUCCCAGAGGUCUGCUCAUCACAGAUCCCAUAGAAAGGGGAAUGCGUGUCAUAGAGAUUUCCAUCUAUGAAGACCGGGGCUCCAGCGGGUCCAGCUCAGGGAGCAGCUCUGUGUCUGGCAGCACUGCUCGAUGACUGGGUAUUUCCUGAAGACCAUGUCCCCCUGAUCACUCGAAACCCCGGAGGGGAAUUUAGGACAAUUAUACCACUCCUGUCCCAAAACUUAUCACAUAUAUCCCUCAGCUAUGCUCGCACAAAGGAUUCACUAGCUUUUCCUUUUUUUUUUUUUUUGCUCCGGAUCUGCCAUCACAUGCUAAAAUUGUUCAGGCUUUUUUCACAGUGAACACUUAAAACACACAAAAAAAAAAAAAACAAAAAAAAAAAGAAAAUUAUCUAGCUGGUAAUUCUUUGUGUGAUUGUACCAUUACCUUCUUGUCUUGUCUGGUGGGUGAUAAAGAGGAUAGAAGGAAGUGAGAAAAAAGGGUGGAAGGAAGUGUUGAGACAGGAGUGAAGACCACAAGCUUCACCAAACCUCAUACCUCAGCCAACACAGCUGCACCGCAUGGUCCGGAUCAGCCACAGCGGCACCCUGACCACACCGAACCAACCAGGAAAUCGGACUGAACACAUCACCAUCAACCUUGCCGAUGGACACUGGCUUUUUAAGAUGUUGUUUGCGGCUCUAACUUGAGUUUCUAGAUUUUAGCAAACGUUAAAAAAAUCAUCACAAAGUUUCAGCUGCCCGGAUUAACUGUCCAUCACCUCUGCUGUAAAUUACACUGUCUGGUAGCAGAUGAAUGUCAUUCAGCCCAUCCAUGUAUAUAAUGUAGCAAAUCUUCCAUAUCCCUCACAUGAGGCUAGUUAGAACCGACAGACACAAACAAGUGCACAAAACUCAGUACUAACCUCUUGGUUUCAAUGAGCGAGACCAACUUUUCCUAAAUUUUGAUUAUGCAAAGACAUGCUGUGCAUUAAAUGCAACAGUAAAUAGACAUAGGAUGGGUCAAAAAGUCUUCCUGAAUCUUACCUGUAGUGUUUUAAAAUACAACAACCCUUCCUUGACUCCCGAACGAACUUCCAAAGAACAAUAACGGCCAAGAAAUGGCUCACAAAUGUGAAUGUGUCUUUUACUUUGGUAACAUUGUGUGCAAAAACAAACUUUCGUACUGCUUGUUGUUUGAUACACAUGGCAAUGAGGUACAUAUGACUGGUGUCAAAUAAAUACUGUUUCAUCACA